AUGGUGGUUUAUAUUGACACUCAGUCCCUGCCAAGGCCUAACCCUUUGUUGGUGGAUUAUUUGAGAAGGAUAGAUCUGUCAGAGCUUGGAGCUGCAGCCUUCCUCAGAAGAAGUGAGACUGAGCUGCUUCGGCUACAGGCCAUGGCCUUUGAUGGGAAGAAGAAAUGUCAGGUUCGUGGUGGCAAGAGUGCUUAUGUGGAGGCUGUAAAAGGGAAGAAAGAUGAUGGAACAAUAAUUUUUGAGACUACGCAUGGAAAGAGUCUGAAUGUUAAGGAGGAAAAAAUCCAGCAAAUGAAUCCUCCAAAGUAUGAAAUGAUUGAAGACAUGGCCAUACUGGCUCACCUCAGUGAAGCAUCUAUACUGCACACCUUAAAGAGGCGCUAUGACCAUUGGAUGAUCUAUACAUAUUCAGGUCUCUUCUGCGUGACCAUGAACGCUUACAAAUGGCUUCCAGUGUAUCAGAAAGAAGUCGUGGCUGCCUACAAAGGGGGGAGGCGAUCAGAGGCUCCCCCUCACAUCUUCGCUGUGGCCGAUAACGCCUUUCAGGAUAUGCUUCACAAUCAAGAGAAUCAGUCUAUACUCCUCACAUAAGUGGGAGAAUCUGGUGCUGGAAAGACUGUGAACAUUAAACAUAUUAUCCAGUAUUUUGCCACCAUGGCAGCCACGAGAGAAUCCAGGAAAAAGCUGAUAAGUACUUUAGAAGUUCAAAUCAUGCAAGUGAAUCCUAUCUUGGAAGCAUUUGGAAAUGUGAAAACCUUGAGAAAUGACAGCUCUUCUCAUUUUGACAAAUUCAUCAGGGUGCAUUUUGGUGCCAGAGGUACACUGUCAUCUGCUGACAUCUAUAUCUAUUUGCUUGAAAAAUCCCGGGUGAUUUUCCAGCAGCCUGGAGAAAGGAACUACCACAUAUUCUAUCAGAUUCUUUCUGGAGAGAAAGAACUUCAUGACAUGCUCCUGGUAUCUGCAAAUCCCUCUGAUUUUCACUUUUGCUCCUGUGGGGUAGUCACUGUAGAGAGCCUGGAUGAUGCUGAAGAAUUGCUGGCCACAGAACAACCCUUGGACAUCUUGGGCUUUCUUCCUGAUGAGAAGUAUGGAUGCUAUAAACUCACUGGAGCCAUCAUGCACUUUGGAAACAUGAAAUUUAAACAGAAACCUGGAGAAGAGCAACUGGAAGCAGAUGGCACAGAAAGUGCUGACAAAGCUGCUUUCCUGAUGGGCAUUAACUCCUCUGAGUUGGCGAAGGGCUUGUUCCAUCCUAGAAUCAAAGUUGGUAAUGAAUAUGUUACCAGAGGUCAAAAUUUAGAACAGGUAAUCAAUGAGGUUGGUGCCUUGUCCAAGUCAAUCUAUGAGAGGAUGUCUAAGUGGCUGGUGGCACGUAUCAAUAGGGCCCUGGAUGCCAAGCUGUCAAUGCAGUUCUUCAUUGGCAUUCAUGACAUCACUGGUUUUGAAAUCCUUAACAUGAGUAUAUUUAGUAAGAAUAAACAUAAUAGCCUUGAGCAACUUUGCAUUAAUUUUACCAAUGAAAAAUUACAACAAUUCUUCAAUUGGCACAUGUUUAUUUCGGAGCAAGAGGAAUACGGGGAAGAAGGCAGUGACUGGGUGUCCAUCGACUUUGGUCUGGAUUUGCAAGCCUGCAUCGAUCUCGUUGAGAAGCAAAUGGGCAUCCUUUCCAUCCUUGAAGAGGAAGGUAUGUUUCCAAAGGCUCCAGACGUGACUUUUAAGACCAAACUCUUUGCCAACCAUUUUGGAAAGUCGGUUUAUCUCCAGAAGCCCAAGCUGGAUAAGAAGACAGAUGAAGCUCAUUUUGAACUUGCCCAUUAUGCAGGAGUGGUACCUUAUAACAUCACUAGUUGGCUUGAAAAGAACAAAGACCUCCUUAAUGAGACAGUGGUGGCUGUAUUUCAGAAGUCUUCCAACAGACUCCUGGCAAGCCUUUUUGAAAAUUAUAUCUGUACCGACAGUGCUAUAACGUUGGGGAGAAGAAACAAGAAAGGAGCUUCAUUCCAAAUAGUUGCAUCUCUGCAUAAAGAAAACCUAAAUAAAUUGAUGACUAAUCUGAAAUCAACAGUACCUCAUUUUGUGAGUUGCAUAAAUCCCAACAUGAACAAAAUGCCAGGCAUAAUGGACCCUUACUUGGUUCUACAGCAGUUGUGCUGUAAUGAUAUCUUGGAAGGAAUUAGAAUAUACUCUGAAGGUUUUCCAAAUUGACUGCCGUAUGCUGAUUUUAAACAAAGGUACUGUAUUCUGAACCCCAAAACCUUUCCAAAGAGCAAGUUUGUGAGCAGCAGAAAAGUGGCUAAGGAACUACUUGGCUCCUUGGAGAUAGACCGUACCCACUACCAAUUUGGAAUCACUAAGGUAUUUUUUAAAGCUGGGUUUCUGAGCCAGCUGGAAGCAAUGAGAGAUGAAAGACUAUCUAAUGUCUUCACAUUGUUCCAAGCCAGAGCACAGGGCAAACUGAUGUGAAUCAAAUUCCAGAAGAUUUUAGAAGAAAGAGAUGCACUUCUUUUGAUCCAAUGGAACAUAAGAGCUUUCAUGGCUGUGACAAACUGGCCCUGGAUGAGAAUUUUCUUCAAGAACAAGCCUCUGGUUAAAUCUGUGCCAGUGGGAAAGGAGAGAGUGGGACUGAAGGAAGAGUGUGUGCAACUGCGGAAAGCCUUGGAGAAUUCAGAAUCUCAGAGGGUGGAACUGAAAGCAAAGCAAGUUUCCCUCAUUCAGGAAAAGAAUGACCUUCUUCUUCAGCUGCAGGCUGAGCAAAAGACCCUGGCAAAUGUUGAAGAGCUGUGUGAGUCGCUGAUUAAAUCCAAGAUCCAGCUGGAGGCCAGAGUAAAGGAGCUGUCUGAGCGGGUGGAGGAAGAAGAGGAGAUAAAUUCUGAGCUGACUGCCAGGGGGCGGAAACUCAAAGAUGAAUGUUCUGAGUUGAAGAAAGAAAUCGAUGACCUGGAAACAAUAUUGGCGAAGUCAGAGAAAGAGAAGCGUGCUACAGAGCACAAGGUCAAGAACCUGACUGAGGAAGCGGAGAUUCUAAAUGAGGAUAUUGGCUGACUUAGCAGAGAACAGGUGGUUCGGGAGGCGCAUCGGCAGACCCUGGGUGACCUGCACCUGGAGGAGGAGAAGCUCGACAACUGGAGCAGAGCAGAUUUGAAAUUGGAACAGCAAAUCCAUGAGCUUGAGAGUGCCCUUGAGCAGGACAGAAAAGUGAGAAUGAACUGUGAAAGGGAAAUGUGCAGACUGGAGGGCGAUUUAAAGCUGAACCUGGAAAGCAUGGAGAACUUGGCGAGCGGCCAGCUGCAGCCAACAGAGAAGCUGAGGAAGAAGAAAUUAGAAAUGAAUCAGAUGAAUUCAAAGGUAGAAAAUAAGAAAGGCCUGGUGGCUCAACUUCAGAAGAUGGUUAAAGGUCUUCAGGUAAUCAGAUCUGAAAUUUGAAAGAAACUGGAAGCUGAAAAGACCAUUCGAGCCAAGAUGGAAAGGGAAAGAGCUGACCUUACUCAAGACCUGGCCAACUUGAAUGAGAGGCUGGAGGAGGUAGGAGGGGCCAGUUUGGCUCAGCUAGAAAUAACUAAGAAACAGAAAACAAAAUCCCAGAAGCUUCAUUGAAACAUGGAAGAACUGCACUUUGAGACAACUUGUGCCUCUUUGAAGAUGAACACAGACAGCCUGGUUGAGCUGGAGGGCUAGGUGCAGAUUUUUCUAUAGCAGGUCAAGCAGAAACUGGAAAAAGACAAGAGUGACUUGCAGCUAGAAGUGGAUGAUCUCCUGACCCAUGUUGAGCAGAUGACCAGAGCUAAGGCUAAUGCUGAGAAACUCUGUAGUCUGUAUGAAGAGCACUUGAAUGAAGCAAAUGCAAAACUAAACGAGGCCACUCAGUUCGCCAAGGACUUGACAACACAGAAGACAAAUCUGAGGAGUGAGAAUGGUGAGUUCCUAAGGAGGCUGGAAGAAAAGGAGAUUCUGAUAAGCCAACUUCACAGGGAAAAGAACAACUUCACUUCGUGGAUUGAAGAACUGAGAGGGCAGCUGGAAAAGGAGACCAAAUCACAGAGUGCCCUGGUCCAUGCUCUGCAGUCAGCCAGGCGUGACUGUGAACUUCUACGAGAGCAGUAUGAAGAAGAACAAGAGGUCAAAGCUGAGCUGCACAGGGCUCUAUCCAAAGGCAACGCUGAAUUGGUGCAAUGGAGAAUGAAGUACGAAAAUAGUGCCAUCCAGAGAACUGAAGACUUGGAGGAUGCCAAGAAGAAGCUGGCUGUUAGGUUGCAGGAGGCUGCUGAAGACAUGGAGGUGACCAAUUCCAGAAAUGCCUCCUUGGAAAGGGCCAGGCACCGGCUGCAGCUCGAGCUCGAGGAGCUGUCGGACCUGGGGAAGGCUCGGUCUGCGGCAGCCAAGCGGGACCAGAAGCAGCAGUGGUCUGACGAGGCCCUUGCCGACUGGCAGCAGAAGCAUGCGGAGUCUCGAGUGUUGCUGGGUGCUUCUCAGAACGAGGUCCAGCCUCUUAGCAGUGAGCUCCUUACACUCAAGCAUGCCUAUGAGGAGAGCACCCUGGGCCAGGAGACACUCAGGAGGGAGAACAAGAAGCUCCAAAAAGAGAUUUCUAAUCUGGCAAACCAGAUUAGAGAAGGAACCAAGAACUUAACUGAAAAGGAAAAGAUCAAGAAACUGAUUGAACAAGAAAAGACUGACAUUCAGGUAACCCUGGAAGAAGUAGAGGGAGUCCUGGAAUGUAAUGAAAGCAAGGUUCUGCAUUUCCAUUGUGAACUCUUGGAAGCUAAAGCAGAACUUGAAAGAAAACUUUCAGAGAAAGAUGAAGAAAUAGAGAAUUUUAGGAGGAAACAGCAGUGUGCUAUUGACUCCCUGUAGUCUGAUCUGGAUUCUGAAACUAGGAGCAGAAUCGAGGCUACCCAGCUGCAGAAGAAGAUGGAGGGGGACCUCAAUGGGAUGGAACUCCAGCUGAGCUAUGCCAACCGGAGGGUGUCAGAGGCAACCAAAUCUCUGGGUCAGCUUCAGAUUCAAAUCAAGGAGCUUUGGAUGCAACCAGAUGACAGCACACACCUGAAUGGUGAUCUGAAAGAGCAGGUGGCUCUGGCUGAGCGGCGCAACUCUCUUCUUCAGUUUGAACUAGAGAAGCUGAGGUCCUCGCAGGAGCAGAUGGAGCAUGGGUGCAGGCUGGCAAAAGAGCUCCUGGAAGCCACAGAAAGAAUCACUCUUUUACAUACCCAGAGCACAAGCCUCCUCAGCCAGAGGAAGAGCCCGGAGGCUGAUGUUGCCCAGAUGCAGAAUGAAGCAGAAGAGGCGGUGCACGGGUGUCAAAGUGCAGGAGAGAAGGCUGAGAAGGCGGCCACUGAGGCAGCAAACUUGUCAGAAGAACUGAAGAAGCAGCAAGACACCAAUGCCCACUUGGAGAGGAUAGAAAAGAAUAGGGAGCAGACAAUUAAAGACUUGCAAAAAAGGCUGGAAGAAGCAGAGCACACCGCCCUGAUGGGGAGUAGAAAGCAAAUCCAGAAACUAGAAUCCAGUGUUCGUGAAUUGGAAGGUGAACUGGAGGGUGAAAUUCGUCACAAUGCAGAGACGCAGAGGGGAGCCGGCAGACUUGAGUGAUGCGUCAGAGAGCUGACCUACCAGGCUGAGGAAGACAAGAAGAACCUGAGCAGGAUGCAGACUCUGAGAAAACUUCAGCUGAAAGUGCAAAGCUACAAGCAGCAAGUCGAGGCUGCAGAAGCACAAGCCAAUCAAUAUCUUUCCAAGUAUAAGCAGCAGUAACAUGAGUUGAACAAAGUGAAGGAAAGGGCAGAGGUAGCAGAAUCUCAAGUCAAUAAACUCAAGAUUAAAGCAAAAGAGUUUGGGAAAAAGGUUCAAGAAGAAUAAGCAGUCCCUGCUUUUAAAGGACAACAGCUGAAGAAGUAUAAGGAAAGUACUGGUCCAUAACAAAAAACUUAGGUUGCAUUUGAGACACACUAUUUAAAUUGCUUUUUGCACCAUAUAAACAUAAGGGAUUAGAAAAAUGUAAUAAUUAAAGGGACUAUCAUUGCUUCCAAGGUUAAUGGGGAUUUUUUGAUCCUCAAAUGCAAGUAAACUACCUUCUAACAUUUCACCUGGCAGAUUAAAUAGAGGCAAGAAUCUUUUAAAUCCUGAUGUUAAGAAAAGAAUUAAUACUUGAUUUGUUGUCAGUAUUGCCUCUUAAUGGGUAGGACUCAUAGAAGACAUCCUUAGACCAAUCAUGCUCCAUGGGGACUAGGGCAUGUUGGGAAAUGGUUGUUACUCGAGUGAACUUUGACUCAUCCCCACAUCCAUGAAUCUAUGUCUUCAUCCAGUAGUGGUAAAAGCUGGUAAAAUUUUCUCUUACCACUUUGCACUUGUAGGCAAAACCUUCGGACAGCUCAAGAAAUUUGCCCCCAGACAAAAAAGGUCAAUGACAGUUCCCUGGACUCAUAGUUCUUCCAGUUCCUCCCAGUCUCUUCCUCCAGCUUUGCAGAGGCCAGACUCUCCUUCCUGACUAAUGGCAGCGCCCAUCUACAGCGACUUCAGGCCAAGUACCAGAUAUGGAGGGAGCAGCCUGGCAUGGACUUCUCCACCAGCAAUUGUGCCUGGCUUAUGAAGAACAGUGAUGUGCAUUUUAAGGGAUUCUGCAGCCUGCCUCAGCAAUCUAUUUCUCGUGGGGAAAAGAUUCUUCUGGGCCUUGAAGCAGAACAGAAUGAGAGGUAGGUGGGUUAAACACACGCACACACAUACACACACAAAUAUCUAAUAUUUCUACUUCUUACAGUCUUUGUGAGCCAGAAAAGCCCGAGUAUAAUAAAGGGAAACAAUUUCAAUGUCACCUAGUGUAGGACAGCAUUCAGCAAUGGUUUUCACUCACCAGGCCAUCAAACUUGAAAUUAAAGCUGUCUGCCUAGGCUUGCUCAUUGAAUACAGACAACCUGGUGAGUACUGUUGCAAUGAUUUCAGCAAGAUCUGAAUUUCUGAAAUUUCUUCUGACAAUAUUUUUCCUCCUAUAUCCUCUGAGGCAAUAAGUGCUGAUUUUUUUUUUUUUUUUUUUUUGCUACUGAGAACAAUGAAAAUGAAAAGACAGAUAUGGGCUUGGGCCACAUUUGGUUACCAGAUAAAAUAUAGGAUGUCUAGUUGAAUUUGAAUUCAGUUAAACUACGAAUAAUUUUUUAAUAUAGGUAUGUCCUGUGCAAUAUCUGGAACAUACUUACAUUGAAAUAAAUCAUUCAUUGUUGGUCUGAAAUUCAAAUUUAACUGGGUACUUGUAUUUUUACUUGCCAAAUCUGGCAAUUCUAUUGGUAGAACAGUUAACGUUAGCUUUUUAUAUAAAGGAGACUUCAUUGCUUUUGUCAAGGGAGCAAGAAGAAAUGGUUAAGAACUAAAGCUAUGGCCUGAGAUUGCCUAGGUUUGACUCAUGUAACCUCUGCUUAAUGACCUGUGACUUUGAACCAGAACCAGCUACAUAACUUACAGAGCUAGAGCGCCUCACCAGCCUCCAUUCUCUUCAUUUUGGCAACGGCUACCCAGAUGUCCAGAGCUUUGCCCACAAAGAGAUGUCCAGUUGCCUGGGGUAAUAGAUUGAUUAGCUAUUUGGCCACCGCUUACCAAGAGCUUUUAUAUUUCUGUGCCAGCACAUAGAAAGAAGCUUGACUGCCUUUCUCCCUCAUAAGGUUUAAUGGCUAAUUCCAGAUAAUUACCUUUCUCUAGGUGUCUACUGUAUGUUUUAUUUAGGUUUCUUUUUUGGUUGCAACAAAAAGGAACUCAGAUUAACAAGGAAACCACAUAUUUUGAGGGAAAGAGUCCAGGUUGCUCACACGAUUUGAAGAAGGGCUACACAAACCAGCUUCAGGGAAGACAGGAAUAGGAGCAGUACAACAUCAAAAGCCAACUGUAGAAGUCUGAUGUCUUUGUACCAGGUCCUUACCUGAGAUGACUCCACUGUUUUCUGCUACUGUUUGCAUGUCAGAUUUCUAAUUAUUUUUCUUUCUUUUUUUCCCCCCAGCUUGAAUCUGGGUGUUCUAUUCCUGGAUUGGAAUGGUCAGGGUCUAGGAGUAGGAAUGAUGGCACAGGGCAUCCAUGUGAGCUGGUCAUAUGCCCCAGUUUGAGUCUAUUGUGAGCUUUGCCCCAGCAACCAUACAGUGAGGACACUAUUAUAAGAAAAUAAUCAGAUGUAAUAAGCGUAUGAACAAAGCUUCUUAUUGCACUGAAGAUUCGGUAGCAACCUCAAUGUCCAGUGAUAGAGGAGAGAUAAAAUUAUGGAAUGUAAAUGUAUAUUAUAUAUGAGGUGAUCAUUAAUGCUGGAUUGAUACUUAAUGUUAUAGAAAAUUCUCACAUGAAAUUUAUAAUACAACUCAGAAUUUUACAAUGAUUCCUUUUUGUAAAAGACUUAUAGAAAAUACACUCAAAAAUUAAAACUUAGUCCCUACUACCCAGAGAUAAUUUUGUCCACUUAAGUAGACUCCAUUUUUCUAUGAGUCAGGAAAUUAUUUUUUGAAAUUAAAAUAUCUGAUUGCUUAUGACCUAAAGUCCUUGACUGGCUCCAGCUUAUCUUUCAAAAUGGCUGUCCUUUGUUUCCUGAACUAGCUAGUCAAGAGAAACUGGCUAACUUGGUCUAUGAUUUCAAGACCCACAGAAAUGCCACGUCUUUCAUGAAACCUUCAAUCAACUCUUAGUAAUCCCGCUUGCCACAAGACUACUUUUGUCUUGCUUUUUUCAUUCAUUAAGCCCUUACAGAGCUUUCUAUGGUUAGUUUCAAAAGCAGGGGAGGGUUUUUAAUUUCACAUUAUUUUUGCCAAGGUAGAUGGAGGGAAUGACAAAGAGGAAAGAGGGAGAAAGUAGAAAACAACCAUGAACUACACUAGCUUAGAAAUGCUAAAGAGUAGAAAAACAUUGAUAACCAAAUGUAAUGUGAUCUUUGAUUAGAUCUUCUAUCACACAGUUGCUCAGGGGCUUCUCAAACUGAUGUGUACACAAUUCACUAGGUUCUUGUUAAAAUACAAUGCCGGCUAUGUUGCUGGUUUAGGAAUCAAAUGUUGAGAAGCAAUACUCUAAAGGGCAUUUUGAGACCUGCUGGAAAAAUUUCACUGCAUUUUAAAUAAUACAUCAAUGUUUUAUUUCUACAGUGUGGUAGAGACAUGAGAUCAUACGGGGUAAUUUCAUUUGUAGGAGACAUGUAUUACAGUGUUUUGGGGAGAAGUGUCAUGCUUCCCAUAACUUACUUUCAAUUGGUUCAGCAAUAAAAUUAUGUACAUAAAUAUCUAUAUGAAAAAUAAAGAAAAUGGAGUAAAGUAUUAACAAUUGAUGAAUCUUGGUGAAAGACAAAUGAUCAUUGUCCUAUUCCCUUUAA